AAACCCCAACACUAUCGAUCCCCAUCCGCCUUGAAUCACAGCAUCAAACCUGCCCCCUUGCCAGCUACCACAAUGACCGAAGCCACCCCCCGCAUCCUGGCGCCCUACCUCUCGCAAUUCCAGGGCCAAACGGUCCGCAUCCUAGGAAAGGUGGUGCAGCUAGCGGGCGAGACCGCGUUCAUCGAUGCUGGCGGGAAGGUGACGCUGGACUUGAAGACGAAUAGGGACUGCCAUCUCGCCGUCGGCAACGCGGUCGAGAUUAUUGGAAAGGUGGACUCGAAUCUGGAGGUGAAGGUGUUUACGAGUACGGAUAUGGGGCAGGGAAUUGACUUCGAUGCUGCGAAUGCGGUCGUUGAUGCGACGCAUAAGUACAAGGAGAUUUUCUACGAGUAGGCCGGCGCGUCGGGGUCGGGUCACAUGCCGCGACGAAUUGGCAACAUUGACUAGGCGUUGAGGCAAGUCCGGCGGUGGCGAUGUUGAUUCAAAGCGGACUAAAAUGAACCGUUCACGGGUUGAUAUGACAAUGCAAAAGAACAUGACUUCAUAUUAGUAGUAAAAGCGUGAAGUUGUAUCUACGGUAUCGUGCUAUCUGCCUGCCCAAACCC